CGACGAUUCACUACUUCACAUUCACGAUUCACGAUUGCUGAUGGCAAGCCCCGACAAGGACAUUAUUGCGCUUCCAUACCCCAAAGUCGACCAUCAUCCGCGAUUCACAGCAAAUCGCCUCUCGAGCUGGUCGCACAAGUUCGAGCUGCUCACACUGACGACCCGGAGUAUACAAUCCGUGCACAGCCGCAUCGUUUGAGCCACGAUGUUUCGAAACUCAUACGAUUCGGACAACACCGUCUUCUCACCGCAGGGUCGUCUGCAUCAGGUAGAGUAUGCGCAGGAGGCGGUCAAGCAAGGAUCAGCAGUCGUCGGACUGAGGAGCAAGACUCAUGCUGUUCUCGUGGCUCUCAAGCGAGCGCCCUCGGAGCUGGCUAGCCAUCAGAACAAGAUGCUCAGGGUGGACAAUCACGUCGGAAUCGCUUUUGCCGGUCUGACCAGUGAUGCAAGAGUUCUCAGCAACUACAUGAGGCAAUUGGCGCUAUCUUCUCGAUUGCUUUACAGUCGUCCCCUUCCGGUCUCCCGUCUUAUCUCUUCGCUGGCAGACCGUGCUCAACUGAACACCAUGCAGUACGGCAAGCGACCGUACGGUGUGGGAUUCUUGGUGGCAGGAGUGGACGGAAGUGGCGCACACCUGUACGAAUUUUCGCCCACAGGCAACUGCUUCGAGUACUACGCUAUGGCUCUAGGAGCAAGAUCUCAAAGUGCAAAGACCUACUUGGAGAGAAAGGUGGAUACCUUUGAGGAUUUGAGCAGAGAAGAGGUCAUCAUGGAGGGAUUGUAUGCAUUGCGAGACACGUUGCAGCAAGGCAAAGAGCUGGAAUUGGAUGCAGUCUCUCUCUCUAUCGUUGGACCAGGAGCAGAUGCGGAUGCUUCGGAUCCAUCGGCUCGCACGGCCGAGAAGUUCAAGAUCAUCGAGGGAGAAGAUUUGAGACCAUUCUUGGAAAAGCUCUCACCUAGAGCUAAUCCUGCCGUCUCCACGACUACUGGCGCCACACCUGGGGAUGGGACUGGCGCACCCGGUGGUCAAGCUACGGAAGGAGAUGUGACGGCGAUGGAGGAGUAAAGCCGAUCAUCGACGUAUAGCAAAGUCAGCCAUAGCGACGUGUAAAACGAUGAGGUUACCAUGAAACAGAUGCUUGUAGCUUGCUGCCUACCGCUAUAACGUUUCAGGCAGGAGCCGAGAUGUUAUCAGCUUUCCACAAAGCCGCAAUAGAUCCGCUUGCUGGCAAGGAG